CGCCCAGGUGACUGACUGCAGAACCCCCUGCUUUGAGGAGAAAGCGGUGGCCCUGGUCCCUUGGCUGGAAGGCAGGGCCUGAAGGCCCCGGAGUGCGCCAGCGGCAUGUACAAAGAGACCGUCUACUCCGCCUUCAAUCUGCUCAUGCACUACCCGGCCCCCUCGGGGGCAGGGCAGCACCCCCAGCCGCAGCCCCCGCUGCACAAGGCCAGCCAGCCCCCCCACAGCGUCCCCCAACUCUCUCCUCUCUACGAACAUUUCAGCAACCCACACCCUGCGCAGGCCGCUGCGGACAUCAGCCAGAAACAAGGAGUUCACAGGCCCCUGCAGACUCCCGACCUCUCCGGCUUCUACUCCCUGACCUCAGGCAGCAUGGGACAGCUUCCCCACACUGUGAGCUGGCCCAGCCCUCCUCUCUACCCCCUGUCCCCUUCCUGCGGAUAUAGACAGCACUUCCCUGCCCCCACUGCAGCCCCUGGCGCCCCCUACCCCAGGGACAGACCUGGUGCCUGGCACGCAACAGCAAGGAACUCGGCAGGCAUUUCCAGCCCUCCUGGAGGUCACAGCCCAGGGUUCACCCACCCAUCCCUCAUGCUGGGCUCUGGCGUCCCUGGUCACCCGUCGGCCAUCCCCCACCCGGCCAUCGUGCCUUCCUCAGGGAAGCAGGACUUGCAGCCCUACGACCGUGGCCUGAAGACCCAGGCAGAAUCCAAGGCAGAGAAGGAGGUUAAGAAACCAACCAUCAAGAAGCCCCUCAAUGCGUUCAUGCUGUACAUGAAGGAGAUGAGAGCCAAGGUCAUCGCAGAGUGCACGCUCAAGGAGAGCGCCGCCAUCAACCAGAUCCUGGGUCGCAGGUGGCACGCACUGUCUCGGGAGGAGCAGGCCAAGUAUUAUGAGCUGGCCCGCAAGGAAAGGCAGCUGCACAUGCAGCUGUACCCGGGCUGGUCGGCGCGGGACAACUACGGGAAGAAGAAGAGGCGCUCGAGGGAGAAGCACCAGGAAUCUACCACAGCAGACCCUGGCUCACCUAAGAAAUGCCGUGCUCGCUUUGGCCUCAACCAGCAGACGGAUUGGUGUGGUCCGUGCAGGAGGAAAAAGAAAUGCAUUCGGUACUUACCCGGAGAAGGCCGCUGCCCCAGUCCCGUUCCUUCCGAUGACAGUGCUCUAGGCUGCCCCAACUCCCCAGAUCCCCAGGACUUGCCCUCAUACCUUCUGCCACCCCACUUCCCCACAGAACCGCUUGCUAGCCCUGUGGACCCUGCACCAACAUCCCCAGGUCUCUCUGCUGCUCUCAGCCUCCCAGCCCUUGGACCCUCACAGGCCCCGUGCAGCACCCUGCAGAGCACACAAGUUCAGCAACAGGAAUCUCAGAGACAGGCAGCCUAGCACACACAGGACACCAGGCCCCUGGGUGCCUCCUCCAGGGGCAUAGGCCCAGCCCUGAGAGGGAGCGCAGAGGCCCUUUUAACCCCUCAGCAUCCAGGCCAAGAGGCUAAACAACUGCGUGAACCUGAGGCCAUCAAUUGAACGCUCCAGUCUGUCAGCCAUGUCAUCUCAUUAAGGACACCCUGGUGACUGCGGCAAGCUGCAUCUGUUUUAACAAUCAGAUGCCUCUGCCUUCCUUGCUUUUCUGCUGUAGGUCAUAAAUGGACUGGACAGAGCCCACCUACCUUCGCUACCAGUGCCUCUCCUGUCCCCCUCUGCCAUACCCUCCCCAUAUCAGACACUUCAUGGACCACGAAUGACCUGGUUUAUCAAACGUGAGCAUGGCAACAACCACAAAGCUCAAAAAGACAGCGGGUCUCCAGGGCCUGGAGAAGCCCUAUGUACAGAAAACCAGCUGCUAUCUAUAUGCUAGAUAGCUGGACUAGAGUGAAGCCUUCUACCAUGUUCUCAGGAAUUUGUAAGAGGAACAGGGCAUGGAGUAAGUUUAGGCCCAUCCACAAGGCAAUGAGAAUAGCUGAACCCUGUCCUAUCAGGCUAGCGUGGGUGGUGGUGGCUCUUGUUCAGAUUACUUGGAAGUUUCCUAAGAAGCUCUGAAAACAAGGCCGCAGGCACAAAGAGACAGGCUGCUUAGUAUCAACAGCUGGACAAAGUAUGGCCCAACUCCAGUGUGUAUCCCUCUGGUUAGGGUUCUUUUUUUCAGAUUCACUUCAGCUUAUCAGUGUGGGUGGAGCCAACUCUUAGGCAGCUGAGGGCAAACCUCGACUUCCAACACCAGCUUUUCCAGCAUUCAGAGCAGUCAGCUUCAGUAUUCCCUUAGGACCGCAGGCAGGACCACUGCAACUAAGGCUGAGUCCAGAAACCGCUGGGGAUGGGUGCAAGUUUUUUUUACCAGCCUGCCCUGACCCAUUUUGAGCCAAGCUUCAACCCUGAGCCUUGAAAAACAAGUCUUUUUUAAUUUAAUUUUUUUUGGGGGGGGGCCUCCUCACUGUACGUAACCUGAAGCCAAAGAAAAAGGGCUGUCUCUGUAUUCACACAUAUCCCUCAAUAAAAGCCUUUAGUCCCCCAUGCAGAAUCCAAAGCUCACAUAUUCUAGUAUAGUGUUGCAACAAAUUUUAGAAAAAUGGAUCGAUGUAGCAAAGUAUUUUUAUAUUGUUAAUGCAUUACCAUAGAAAAAAAUUUUUUUAAAUGAGAAUAAAGAUACUUUUUAUUGGGUCUGUUUCAAAGCCUGAU